AUCUCUUUGGGGCAUCAAAUUGAGGGCCCGCCCUACUUAACUGCACCCACACCGAGGUCUGCUGUGGUCGUGCAAGCUAUAUAUCGGGCAGGGGCGCCACCGAAGACUGCGUCUGCGUCUGCGUCAUUGGCAUCCAGCAUCCUGCUGGCAGCCUGUUUGUUGAGCACACCCUUAUCCCAGACCUCAUGGCUAUCAAGCAUAAUACUAUCCGGGAUAGCGAUUACAAUCCGCGGAGCUGGACCCUUAAUGCCAGCCUUCGUCCAGUCGUGUUCUACACCGGUGGGAGAUCUUACGUUCCGUUCUCACCUAGAUGUUUUCGCCACCACACCGUACCAAAUGAUCUCGCCAUCUAGUCAGACGAGUACCGCUUCCCCAAUGUCUCGGAACAACAUUACGUAUAAGCCGACGCCAAGUCAGAUAGGCACAUUCUUUGAAGAAGCGAUUGAUACCUCCCCGGUCCCGAUAGAAGUGGGUCUCGGAUCCUCCUACAUCGCAUCACCGACUCAGCCCGCGGCAUUCAAGACACUCGGAGGUAACGAAGCACCGCAAAACACACUGCCAACUGUUGAGGGAGACAAAAAGUUGAACCACCGGCCCCGAAACCGGAGACGAUCACAAGCCAUUUCGGCGCCCUCGGAGUCGAGUCCCUCUGGGCAGGCAGCAGAGUCGCCUAAGCCAAGGAAAAGGGGCCGAAACCCAAAGAAGCAGGCAAAAGAGCAGAAGGCAGCGGGCCAACAAGAGGAGCUUCAUGGUGACGAUCUAAUCAAGGAUCCCCGCCGGCGCCGAGUCCUCGAACGAAACCGCAUUGCUGCAACGAAGUGUCGUCACCGAAAGCGUGAUGAAGCCUUAGCACUCACCUCUCGCGAACAAGCCAUGGAGGACCAAAACCGCUAUCUCUCGACAUGUUUCGACUCUUUGACUGCCGAGAUCUACUACCUGAAGACCCAAUUAUUGCGGCAUACGGACUGCAAUUGCGUUCUCAUCCAGAAAUACAUCGCCAAUGAGGCGAAGAAAUCUGUGAAUGGGCUGCUUGUUUGUUCUUCGGCCUUCCACACCCACGACAGUUCGCUGAGUCCCGACUACGGGAGCUCAAGCGGUGCCAGCAUAGCCGAUUCGUGGAGCAUGCACAGGCCGGAGGCGGACAGCUCCCCGCCGCCAUGGACGAACCCUUUUCAGCAGGGACAUGGGGCAUCGGAGGUUAGGGACAUGUUCGACAUGGGUUUAGAACCAUUUCAGACGGACGCCAUGCCGCCUGAUUCGAUGGUCUCCGUCCUGCCUCUGGCUCGCCAGGUCCAAUGGAGCGGGGCUAUAUGUCAAUAG